CUCAAGGCAGAACUUUAUCGUUCAGAGGUGUUUUUGCAGAUACAGUGUUACGUAUUUUAUCUUUCGCUGAAUCAGCAUGCCCUACCACUGCUGACUUUUGAAACAAGAAACAAGUGUAUCGGCCUUUGUGUGACCCCUCCUCAACACUGUUACGUACCUCUGUUAGUAGACUGUCAAUUGUAGUGACAAAUUAUCUUACAAACAUGAGAUACGAUUGAAGCACGAAGUCAUCAGGAACAGUAGCGUGUGUGCAGAGCGCCCCAUGGAAAUAUACUUAAGACGCACGCUUUUCUUCGUUGCCAUGGCGAAGGGCAAAGGUGCGACACCUGCAUGCUGAUGUAAGGAGUCGUUCUUUUAUUUCCUUUUCUUAUUUCGUAAAGCCACCAGAAGAUAGACGAGGAAGUCGACGUUUUGUACGCACAACUAAAGAGUUAGAGAAUAACGUUUUAAGGCUGCUGCAAACUUUUUUUUCGCUCUAAGCUUUUUUUUUUGCCACUUUGGACAUGCUCAAGCUAUAGUUUUGAUAACUGAAAAAGUACUAUGGGUUGGCUUCCAAGUGUUCAGAGCUGCUUACGGCAACUCAGGGAAAGUGGUGGGAGUGUCGGGAAGCCACAGGUGGACAGCUGGGAUGUUCUAGUGACAAGACCCUCGUCACAGCUGCUGACGACUUCUCGUGUGAACUUGGAAAAUGUCGAGUAUCGGUCCUGACGACGACUUGGCAUAGUGUUAGAAUUCUCGAACCAUGGUACGGGAGUGGCCAAUGGUCGGAGGUUGGUCCACGACGGCGACGCGAGGAGGAGACACUCUACCGACGGCGGCUACCACAACUGCCUUGCUCACUGCGAAAACCAGAGAAGGAACCGAGUCAAGAUCAAGAAUCCUAGACGUUGUUGAAAAGCCUGGAGAGCUUGCUCCUGUGAACCUCCCCAGGGUUAACGUUGAACCUCUGGGUCAGACGUUUGUUACUGAUGUCAAAAUACGGAGCAGGAGGAAACUUGAUGUUAUCUGUGAGAACUCGCCUAAUGGCUCGGUGUCAGAAAGGGAUGAAGAAGAACAUGUCGCCAGGAAGGCAAAGUCAACCACGCACAUCUACCCCUCGGAAAAGUUCGUGUUUCCCAGAUUGCCUCGCGUUGGAUUCAGAUCGAAUUCCUCCCGUCGAUCGUCGAUAUCGUCCUUCUCAUCACUACCGUCCAACCAUGGCGCAAGCGCAGACCCGUUCGGCGUUACUGCGCAGCUGCUAGAGUCCAGCCGCCGCCGCCGGAAGUCGUCACACCACCGGAAACGGAGCAGCAGGCUGGGAGAACUCCAGCAGUGGGCGUUCGAGACCAAGGAAGAACGGAGACUUCGGCUUCGAAGUCAGCUAUGGCGCGCAAUGAUAUGUGUUCGAGUGAUCUGCCGAAUGCAGAUAGUGAUGAGGGCGUCAUGGGCCGGAAAGGACGGAGCUACAAACAUCCUCUCGGAGCUACAUUACUACGCCAUAGACGGGGACAAUGGCUCGCUGGCGUUCGACAAGAACAAAUUUUCGAGGAAAGCUUCGUCGAACGUUCCUGAGUGGGCGCGGAGGAUCACAGAGAAGAGACAAGAAAACAGGACCAACGCGGAAGUGCACAGGCUGUACUCCAUCUUGAAACUCAUCCGCGCCUUCGAGAAGUACACCUAUGACGUCAAGAUGCAGCUAUGUCGACACAUCUUCUACAUGAAUUGUGAGAAGGGCCGACUGGUCCUGCGACAGGGCCAUAUCGGGGAGGCGUUCUACUUCAUCUUCUCCGGGUCCGUGCUGGUGAACAAGAUCGAGCACGACCACCGCACGGGCGAGCAGGUCAGCCGCACCGAGACAGUGCUGUACCCGGGGGAUAGCUUCGGGGAGAUCGCGUUGCUAAGCGACGGUCGGCGGCGCGCGUCCAUCGUGGCGCGGGAGGGGACGGAGCUCUUCCAGGUGGACAAGGACACGUUCGUGGACACGUGCUCAGGCUUCGUCAUGCACGAGAUGGGCGAGAAACGGCACGUUAUCAGAGACUUCCCCCUGUUUAAAGAGUGGUCCGAUGAGCUGCUGCAGCGGCUGUGUUUUGAGUCGCAGCUUAUGGACCUGCCCUACGGCAGGGUGAUAGACAGGGACACAAACAAGAGCGACUCUCUCUACUUCGUCAUCAAGGGAGAAGUACAGAUGUUACGAGAGUUCCGAGUCCGACCGCACGAGACGCCCAGCGUGCUGGACACCGGAGACGCCUGGCACUCCCCCGGCCUGCCUGCCCGCCCCAGGACCGCCGAGAUUCGGGCACGACCCGGUACGGCGCAGGUGUUCGUCAAGAGGAAACCGGCCGAGCACGGCGACGUGUUGGACGGAGACACCGUCUGCUUUGCACAAGUGGGCGUGUUGGAAGCUGGCGACCAUACGGAAUGGAUGGUGCGGACAAGACGGAGGAAAGAAACGACGCCCCCAGGAGCCAUUCUUGUCAGCCUGGGAGCCAGAGUUCUCCGUAUGUCCAAAACUCAGGUGUACUACAUGGCCCCCAAAGGAGUCUUAGAGACCUUCGAGAGGACGUACAAGCCCAAAGAGCCCGCCACUGAAGAGGAGUUGAACAGACAAUUUGACGCCGAUCUGAGAUGGGCAGACUUCAAGUCAAGGGUUGUUCAGGAUGUGCUUGACGAGUCUCGCGGCCAACCCGUGGCCAUGAAGCCGACCAUAGAGAAGGCCACUCAGGACUACGACUACUGGCCACAGGGCACCCUACAGCUGCCGAGACGACCUGCCACGUGUAGGGGGCGCUCGCCCAUUUCUAUGGUAUCUGCAGUGAACUCCGCCCCGCGACUGAUGUCAAGGCAAAGUCACCAGCCGGCAAAGAUUGCAUCGCCCAACAACCGACAGCAGCCCACAAGGCCAGACGACAAGAGCAGGAAAUACAGACCAACUACUGCACCUGCUUACAGAUAACAGUUACAGACUUUUGUCCAAGCAGGUGUUUUUUUUUCUUUUCUUAAAUCUCCCCUUGCCAGGGAAACAUGGAGAAACGACUUGACCACUUGCCACUGGUCUGGUGUAACCAGUAACUUAUCCUAUUUGUUGCCUGUGUGUAAAUGAGAACUGCCUGUUAUACUUUCCUUGUAAUUAGGUCAAGAUACUUCUUGCAAAGAUAUUCAGUAUAAUUAACAUAGACUUAUAACAUGCAAACUACUGUGCAAUGCUAACCUUGGUUUGGAAUGGUGUAAUUAUAAAUGUGGUGCACUCAUAUAUUUGAAUGAAUAUGUCUUUCAAUUAAAAGACAACAAAUAUGUACUUGCAGUUGUUCACAUUUCACUGAUGAGAUAUUCACCAGGCCUGUCUUACAACGUUUAUGAUAAUAGCAAAUCAGAGAUCCUUAAUGUAUAUGCCAACAUAUCUCUGUAAAUAUAACACUAAAAUGAAUGUUAUGUAAUGUAAACCAGUUGUAUUUAUGUAUAUUAAAGAUCUUAUUUCAUGCAA